AUGGAGCGCUCACAAUACCUCCGAACUAAAAAAUUGUGCCCCAUUUGCGCAUCCCCACACCGCGACUCAAUUCAUUGCAAGAAAUCAUCUUGCUUCAAAUGCCAGAGAUGGCACUAUACUUCACGUUGUAUCCAAUCAACGUGGAAGGAAAAAAGCUUUCAGAAUGGUUCGAAAAGCGAACCAAGCAGCAACAAGAUCAUUAAAGACAGGAAACCUAGCGCUAAGGAGACUAAGACGUACAAGCCAACGUCGAAAAUCAACUACAUCAAUCAAGAACAAAAACAGCCUACACCAGAGGAGACUAUUGUCGUAGAAAUUCAGUCUGCAAGUUCGCAUCUGCAAAGGCAGCAAACUACCAUUUCACCAACUGGAGAGAUUGCAGUGGUGAACACAAAUGUAAGAACACUUCAAAAAGUAGUUUUGAUGGAUACCGGUGCCGAACUCUCUUUAGUUGACUCAUCAUUCGCUGCAGAAAUGGAUCUUCCUAUCAUAGAGGAAAAUAAGCUACGCUUAUGCACAUUCGGAUCCGAGGAAGCACGAGAAAAGCCGUCGAAUAAAAUCUCCCUCAAAGUAUGGGACGCCGAAGGUCGUCCGUUCUCUUUGCUGUUAUCCACGCACGAUAACUUGGUAAAACCAUUUAUUAUUUCUCCAAUUUCUACGGAAGAUGCAGACUUUAUUCAUCAACGUGGCCUUCCAGUAUACCUAACCAACAACGAACUAAAAGUGAAACGCACUAUAUACUAUUAG